CAGUCCAUAACGGUCCAUAAUGCCUUGAGACUAGGACGCGUCACUUCCUGCGUUGUUUUGGUACGUUUGCAGUAGCUGAAGUUACGGAAGAAGACCCCAAAACAUGGCUGACAAUGAUGAUCUUCUUGACUACGAGGAUGAGGAGCAGCCAGAACAGGCUGUGCUUGAUGGAUCUGGUGAUGCUGCCACAAAGAAGGAAGUGAAGGGGACAUACGUCUCCAUCCACAGUUCUGGUUUCCGGGAUUUUCUUCUUAAGCCAGAAAUUUUGCGAGCAAUUGUUGAUUGUGGCUUUGAGCACCCAUCAGAAGUGCAACAUGAGUGUAUUCCACAAGCUGUGCUAGGGAUGGACAUUUUAUGUCAGGCGAAGUCGGGUAUGGGAAAAACAGCAGUAUUUGUACUGGCAACAUUGCAACAAUUGGAACCUACAGAAAACCAAGUGUAUGUACUUGUGAUGUGCCACACACGUGAACUGGCUUUCCAGAUCAGCAAGGAAUAUGAAAGAUUCUCUAAAUACAUGCCACAGACUAAGGUGGGAGUGUUUUUUGGUGGAUUGCCAAUACAGAAGGAUGAGGAGGUAUUGAAGAGCAGUUGCCCACAUAUUGUAGUCGGGACUCCAGGUCGGAUUCUAGCACUUGUCCGCUCCAAGAAAUUGAAUUUGAAACAUUUGAAGCAUUUUAUUUUGGAUGAAUGUGAUAAAAUGCUUGAACUUCUUGACAUGAGACGUGAUGUGCAAGAAAUAUUCCGGAACACACCUCAUGGGAAACAAGUGAUGAUGUUCAGCGCUACAUUGAGCAAGGAAAUUCGCCCAGUCUGCAAGAAGUUCAUGCAAGAUCCAAUGGAGGUGUAUGUGGAUGAUGAAGCGAAACUGACUCUGCAUGGUUUGCAGCAGCACUAUGUCAAGCUGAAGGAAAAUGAGAAGAACAAAAAGCUUUUUGAGUUGCUAGACGUUUUAGAGUUCAACCAGGUUGUAAUCUUUGUGAAAUCUGUACAACGUUGCAUGGCUCUUGCCCAGCUUCUCAUUGAACAGAAUUUCCCAGCAAUUGCCAUUCACAGAGGAAUGGGACAGGAAGAGAGAUUAUCGAGGUAUCAGCAGUUCAAGGAUUUCCAGAAGCGUAUUCUGGUUGCAACAAAUUUAUUUGGGCGUGGGAUGGACAUUGAACGAGUUAACAUUGUGUUUAACUAUGACAUGCCAGAGGAUUCUGACACUUAUUUGCAUAGGGUAGCAAGAGCUGGAAGAUUUGGCACUAAGGGCCUGGCUAUUACACUUGUAAGUGAUGAAGGGGAUGCCAAGAUUCUGAAUGAAGUGCAGGAUCGUUUUGAUGUGAAUAUCUCAGAGUUGCCGGAUGAGAUAGAUCUGUCUUCAUAUAUUGAAGGACGGUAAAGAGACUGAAGAUUGACACCAAGUUCAUCCAUUUUGUUAAUUCCCGGGAUGCUUGAGUAAAAGGAGACUCAGACUCUGCUGACUAUGUUGCUGAAUGUUACUCUGUAUAAAUUGUAUGGAUGUGUAAACUGGCAGUUUCAUCUCAUGUUCCAUGUUUGUACGAAGAAGUCAUUAAUGUAAAAGUUUAUUUUCAUUUUACAUGCAUAAAAUUUUAUCAGUAAAUGUGACAAGUAUUGACGUGCAUUUGUGUAAUCCUUGAUAGUCCAAAUGGACUUGCAUAAUCGCUAGAAAGUCCAAGAUGAGUAAAUAAAAUAAUUUAUACACUA